AUGGAUGUAAGUUAUUCUGCUGGAGGACUGGAUCUUAAUGAACCAGCAAAUGAAGAGCAAAUAGAAGAAGAAGAUAUGUCAGGCAGCAAGUCAAACAACCCAGAUGUAACAAAAAGUUCUGAACAUAGCAAGCUUGCAAGUGGGAGCAAUACAGGUGCAUCCGCUGACACAGAUACUCAAACAGGUCAAACACUGUCAACUGAUGAUUCAGGAGAAGAAGAUGAUGAUGAUGAGGUGCAGUCAACACCAUGCAGCCAAGGUGAUGUCCAAACACCUUUCCAAGGAAUGAUGUUUGAUUCAUGGGAGCAAGCGAAGAUGCACUACAACAAAUAUGCUAAAAUGGUUGGGUUUUCAAUCAAGUGCAGCACAUCAAAGAACUCUACUCUAGAUGGACAGAAGGACAAGCAAUUGUUUGUUUGUAAUAAAAGUGGGAAAAAUGCAGACAUACAUGAACUUGAAGCACCACCUGUUAGGCAAAGGAACCGUAGCAUCACUAAGAAAACGGAAUGCAAAGCUAGACUACGAAUAAAGAGGAGAGGGAAGAAGUGGCAUGUAACAUAUUUCAUAGAGGAGCACAAUCACAAGUUGAUUAAGAAGUUCUCCUUGAAGAAGUACUUGAGGUCUCAUAAGGGCAUCCCUAAGGAAGAGAAAGAUUUUGUCAAGCUUUUGCACAAGGUCAAUUUAUCUGCUGGUAGGGUCAUGCGUAUUAUGGGAGAAGUGUAUGGUGGUCUUGCAAAUGUACCAUAUGAUAGCAAGGAUGUGAGCAAUUACAUGGCUAAAAUCGAUGAAGAACACGCCCACAAAGACAUGUCAAUGCUGCUUGCUCACUUUGCCAGAAUGAAGAAGGAAGAUCCCGACUUCUACUUCAACUUACAUACAGAUCAUGCAGACAAGGUUGACCGCAUCUUCUGGGUAGAUGGACCAGCAAUUGCCGCAUACAAGAACUACAGCGACUGUCUAUCAUUUGACACCACAUACAUCACAAACAUGUACAAUAUGCCGUUUGCCCCAUUCAUUGGGAUAAAUAGGUACUGUCAAACAAUUCAGCUAGGUUGUGGUUUCCUAAAGAACGAGAAUAUUGAGAGUUUUGAGUGGUUGUUCAAGGAGUUUCUUGAAGCUAUGGGUGGUGUCCAGCCAGAUAACUUCAUAACUGACCAAGAUGCGGCUGUGUUGGGCAACUUCUUGUCAAAACAUGAGGAGCUAAGGCAGGAGUUGAAUGCAAUUAUUGACUACAGCAUGUCUAUUGAAGAGUUUGAAAUAUUGAAAAGUUACGUCGACCCACACAACAACCUGCACCAUUUCUUCGAGCAGUACUUGAAGUUACAGGAAAAAAUAGAUGUAGCAGAGGAUUCAGUUGAGUUUAAAGAUGAGGAUAAGACUGUUAGAGUAUGGGGAGAUUACCCGCUGGAAGAGCAAGCUUUGACAGUGUAUACGCUGCCAAUAUACCUCCGUUUCAGGGCUGAGCUUCGGAAAGUGACGUCAUACAAUGUGCAGCAAACUGGUGGCCAAACUUAUGUGGUUAUGCCAAUUAAAACCUAUGUUUAUGGCUAUGGCGAUAAAAGCUACAAGGUUGAAGCUAACUUGGAUGCCGAAACUUACAUCUGCGAGUGUUGCAAAUUCAGUAGGGAUGGGUUGUUGUGCUGCCAUAUAUUUAGAGUAAUGGUGCAGUUAGGUACUACUGACUAUAUUCCAGAACGGUACAUUCUCCCCAGGUGGAGGAAACCAGAGGAAACAAUUGUGCAGCAGAAAAUGGAGUUACCUCAGGUGCCAACAGAUAGGAAGAUGAGUAACAAGGAAAGGCAGCAGCUACGUUAUGGCACUCUUUGCAAUGAAUACUCUAGAGUAGCAAAAAUUGCAUCUACAUCUGACAAAGGAAAGGCUUUGGCAGAUAAAUACAUGCUAGCUUUGGAGAAAGAAUUGCAAGCGAUGAAAGCUACAGAAUCUGCAAAACGGAAGAAUAGGAAAAAAGCAACUACACCUAAUGUUGAGGAACAAGAAGGAGAAAAUAUAGGUGAUUCUGGGCAAGGAAGUUCUUCAAAGUUCGAUCAUGUUGAGGAUCCGGUGUACAUUGCAAAACAAGGGCGCCCAACAGAAAAAAGAAAACAAUCUGGGCUCCAUUUGAACCCUACAAAGGUUGUCAAGUGCAGUGUGUGUGGCUCUAUUCGACAUACGGCAGCAACAUGCAAAGAUAAGCUCACCCCUGACAAGGAGGCAAAGGAAAUCAACUUCUUCCGUGACAUGGUUUAG